UACCACAAGCUCAUCUGCCAAUCCACAAACCACUCCAAAGCAAACAAGUACCGGCUAAGGAGCAAACAAGUACCGGCUAAGGAGCUCAAAUGGCGUCCCAGCUGGUUGAGAGCCACCGUGCCGGCGCCGAGGUCCACAAGGGGAACGAUAUCUGCAAGAAGAAGACCGUCGAGCUUCUCGAAGUGCUUGGCCUCCCGAAAGGCCUCUUUCCUAUGGAUGACAUCGAGGAGGUCGGGCACAACUGUGAGAGUGGGUUCGUGUGGAUACUUCAAAAGAAUAAGAAAGAGCACAUGUUCAACAAGCUCAACCAGACCGUCUUCUACGACACUGAGGUGACCGCUUUUGUGGAAAAGGGCAAGAUGAAGAAGGUCACCGGGGUCAAGGUCGAGGAGUUUUCUUUGGUCGAGGUCUAUGUGGAUGAGUCUUCUGCUGAUAAGGUCACCAUCAAGACCGACACCGGUCUGGCUGACACCCAUGAUGCGGUCGUGUUCGCUCUCGGAGAAUAGGAAGCUACUAGUUAAGAAUGCCAGAGGAAUAAAGUCAGUGAAUGGUUUGGCACUACAGUUCACAUGUUAUGCAGAAGUAUAUGUUUCUGUUUUUUUUGUAAUCCAAUAAAGAAUGUUGCAUGAAUGUUGCUUCCUUUCAGCCCAUGUUAUGCAGAAAUUUAUGUUUCCGUUUUUUUAAUGUAAUAGAGGAUGUUGUAUGAAUGUUGCUUCCUUUCAGCCCUUAAGCAUUCGCCAAAUGUAAUGAAUAACACUUAU